AUGUGGGAGGGCGAUGCCGAGUCGGAGAUGUUAAUGUCCCGAUAUGGUUAUAUUCUGGAAGUCAGCCUGCCGUAUGCCGAAGAAGCCAAAGCUUCCGGACUGCUUAUCGGAACGGAUCAUAUACAAGAAUCGAUUUCUCCAGAAUGUGGCCCCCCUGAGGCAUUCAAUCAAGACGAAGAGGAACAAAACCAAGAAAACGGUGACAUUGUCAACUGGACAGGAUCCAACGAUCCUCAACACCCACGGAAUUUCCGUCCGUUGCUCAAAUGGUUGAUCACUGCUAUGUACGGGUCCAUCGCCACGAUCGUCACCUUCGCUAGUUCCGUCUUCAGUGUAGGCAAUGGAGCCACUGCACAGGAAUUUGGUACAUCAUCUCAUGUGAUGGCACUUGGUACAGCACUUACCGUCCUGGGCCUUGCACUGGGACCGCUGGUGUUCGGGCCACUUUCCGAGUUGUACGGUCGAAGGAUCCCUCUUCUGGCGGGAUUUCUAGUCUUUUCUUUAUUCAACAUACCAGUUGCGGUAGCACAAAAUUUGCAGACCAUCAUGGUCUGUCGAUUUAUAGUUGGCUUCGGUGGCUCUUCCGGCUUAGCCAUUGUAGGGGGUGCCCUUAACGAUAUCUUCCCUCCUCUUGAUCGAGCUGUCGCUGUCUCCGUCUUCGCUGCGGCCACCUUUAUUGGCUCCUUUCUUGGUCCCGUCAUUGGUGGAUUUGUGGUCCAGUCGAUUGGAUGGCGAUGGACACAGUGGAUUACUCUUAUCCCUUCCCUUUUACUGUGGCUCAUCUAUCUUAUUUUUGUUCCGGAGUCCUACGGACCAAUUAUUCUUGAACAGCGAGCACAACAGUUACGCUGCCAGACCGGCAACUGGGCCCUCCACGCAAAGCACGAAGAGAUCUCCAUCGAUGCAAAAGAAAUCCUUCGUACAUAUCUUGUACGUCCUGUCAUCAUGCUUUUCAUGGAGCCAAUUCUCCUCCUGGUUAGUAUAUACAUGUCCUUGAUCUAUGGCAUUAUCUACCUCUUCCUGGAAGCAUAUCCUAUAUCCUUUCGCGAAGAACGCAAGUGGAGGCUAGAGAUCGCUGGCCUCCCAUUUAUCGGCCUCAUUAUUGGUGUGGUGAUCGGCACUAUCCUAACCACGGUGUACACCAAGACUCGCAUUGCUAAGCUUUUCAGGGGACACGGAUACGCGAAACCCGAAGAAGGAUUGGUCCCAAUGAUGCUCGGCGCUAUCUUAUUACCAGCGGGCCUAUUCUGGUUCGCAUGGACAAGUAACCCGAGUGUCCAAUGGGCCCCGCAGGUAAUUUCGGGGGUCCCUAUUGGAAUGGGCCUGUUUCUUGUGUUCUUACACGGGCUGGACUAUAUCAUUGGUGUAUAUGCGAAGAAUGCGAACAGCGCAGUUGCCGCUAAUGUCUUUCUCCGAAGCUUGGUGGGCGCUGGAUUCACCAUGUUUUCUUCGGGAAUGUAUCACAAUCUCGGUCAGUCACUCCAGAUCCACAAAUCCAAAUAG